CUGUGACAGAAUAUCCGGAGUACAAUUUUGUUGGCCUUAUAAUUGGUCCUCGUGGAAACACACUGAAGAGAAUGGAAAAUGAAACCGGGGCCAAGAUUCACAUAAGAGGAAAAGGAUGCUCGAAAACAACUAACAUAUCCACCUCUUCUAAAGAGGACUUGCAUGUGUAUAUAGAAGCAGACAACAAAAGUUCUCUGGAUGGAGCAGUUUCCAUGGUUGAAAAAUUGCUAAUCCCAGUUGAAGGAAGAAAUGAGCACAAGGAGGCUCAAUUAAAGGAGCUGGCCAUGCUGAAAGGAACAGCUAGGGAUGAAAAUAUGUGCUAUGUUUGCGGUGAUGAGGGACAUCUGUCAUAUGCCUGCCCUGACCUUCAAUCAACUUUUAAAGUGAACUCAUGCUAUACAUGUUUUAGUGCCAGUCCCUUGGAUGUGCUAUCACCACAGAAUGACUCUGUGCAGGGUUCUGGGUUUGGUUUUAGUUUCGGUUCAACACAGAGCAGACAACGGAGGUAUGGAAAGAAAUCAUUGAUGAACAAUGUUUAUGUUGGCAAUCUGCCUCAAGCGUUUGAUGAUAAUAGAUUGUCUGAGCUGUUUUCUCCAUUUGGUAAGAUCCUUGAAGUAAAAGCAAUCAAGGAUCGAACAACUGGAAUUUGUAGAGGUUUUGGAUUUGUUGAGUUUGACAGUGCCGCGGAUGCACAAGUGGCUGUGACUCAUAUGAACGGUUUUAAAAUGGAUGGGAGGGUUUUGAAGGUGAGGAUAGCUAGGCUUUUGUCAAAUGCUGAAGUUUCAAGCUUGAACCUUUUUCCUCAGCGCUCUGGUUCUGCAGGAACAUCCCAAAGUGUUAGAAGCCAAACAGAUCGAUCUGGUCCAUCACAUUUUAUGCUGCCAGAACAUCCAACUUCGCUUCACAACAGCAGUGGCAUGAAUCUUUUUUCAUCCACUCUAAACUCACAGCAUUGUGAUCUUAAGAAGGAUCGAAGCCUUUCCCCUCUAAGCUACUAUUCAAGCCCUUCUGAUUUUAGUAAUUCUGGCAAAAUGCAUUUUUCAUGCAACUUUUCAGAUCAAAGUGUUUCGUUAUCUGGUGGUUCAAUUCCACAGAGUCCUGGCUCCCAACAUCGGUCAUAUUUUGUGACGCCGCCUCCCGAUAGAGCUGCCCUGCCCAGUCUUGAUCACAGAUUAGAAGAUGCGAAUUCUUUCACUUCUUCAUUGCAGAGAUGGUAUUACAGGGCACUUCAUUGA